UCAGAGCAUACAUAGGCACAUUCAGGAGGGAACAAACAGAAGCCCCCCAUCAUAUCUCAGGACAGAAUAUUAGUACGCUUAAUGUGAUGAUAGAUCUGAGAAAAUGACCUAGUGGACAAUAUAUGCAUUCUUUCUUUCUCGCCUGGCCGCUUAGGAACAGGAGGAGAAAAAAAAAUGGAUAACAUGACACAUCUGCAAAGAACCUUGUGACUUUGUGACUGUGUGUCCAGUGGCGUGGGGUCACCACUGAAGCCCACCUGGCCUCACUCUGCUGGAUCCCAACUGGACCCAGAAUGCACCUCUCCAAAUGUUCAGCGUGGCUGCAGGUACAUUGCCCUACUGCACUGAAGGUGUGUUCACAUAAGGUUUACAAAAGCCUGGCCCCACUCCUGCCCUGCAGUGCCGCCAUAGUGGUGGUAGUGUUGUACUCACUGGCGGAUCAACUCCACAGCUUUGUGUGUGGAAUCUUCAUGCCUCAGUACCGCUACCCAUAUGCAGUGCCUCUCGCCCUCAUACAGAUGUUGCUGAAUCUCCUGGCACUGGUUGGUCUGCAUGCUGUGGGCCUGGUCAGGCUGAAGCCGUAUUCCCUAAGGCUGGCUGAGCGUCUGAUGGUGCCAGCCGUGUGUGGUAGUGUCCAGUCUGUCCUGGCCCUGUGGGCAGAGGCCAGCGCCCACUCCGGUCUUUAUCCCCUCACUGCCCGCCUCCUGCCUGUCCUCAGCCUGGCCUGGAGCCACCUGCUUGCCCUAACCACGUCCAACAACACCCACUUCAACUGCAUUCUGGUUGCUGUCACUUUCGUCUCUGUCACCAUCACAGCGUAUAAGGGCCUCUAUACCAUCGAGCCACUGGAGUACUUGUACUCUCCUCUCAGCCUCUUCCUGCACAGCCUCUCCCUCGCCUGGCUAGCCAAGGUGGCCCAGUCUGAACGAGGACACACCUCAAUCUUUGAUAUUUACUACACCCUGACAGUGACUCGCAGCUUAUUGCUGGGGUUCCUGUGCCUGCUGCACCCGGACAGCCCGCGGGCCAUCACAGACGGCAGCUGGCAUAGUCUGCUGUUCCUGGGCUACAUGCUGGGCUUGCUGCUGCUGGGUGCAGUGCAGGUCCUUAUGGUGGACAUUACGGCCCUGAGCUUCUCCGGCCUGGCUGCGGCCCUGCUGCACUCAGCCAGGGGACUCGCUCUGCCACUUUACAACCUGCUAUAGCACAGACUGUGCAAUCAGAACUAGGAGUGCCUCCUGUCCAGGAUUUCCUUGGAUUCUAGUGGUCUUUCCAGGAAAAUACUCCCACUUUGUCCUGGAUUCUAUGCAUUUUCAUAUGUCAGCAUUUCUUCUUCUUUUUAAUGAGAUACAGGAGCACAUUCAGUGCAAGGCUCAUUCUACCAAAAUGCACCACAGAGCACCACAGGAAGUCUUUCUUACCUGUAGCCAUCAAACUCUAUAACUCCUCCCUCAAUGUACAAGAACUCAGAGGUGCAAUAAUUUUACUGUAUUUGUAAGAAUUUAAACUUGUUCAUAUACCUGCUACAAACUGCUCCAAGUUAUUAAGUAAACCCAAUCAGACUUGCUUACAUGGUUUCUGGCACUGUACGACAUGCUGUUAUGUGAAAAUGCAUGAAAGUAUGGACAAAAGUCAGAAUUCAAGAUAUCUGAGGCCUACAGCUGCUGGCACAUUGUUAACAACACAGUAACAGUUUCCCAAAUUAUAUUCAGGGGAGAUGCCAGGUUUACUGUGGUUCAUCUUCCAGAAAUAUUUAGCCAAUAGCAGCUCCAUGGUCAGAAACCUGACCUCUGAUGAAGAGCUACACAACUGUGCAUCAGCAGAUGGGCUACAGUCUGUAACUGUAAGGUAAACCUUUCUAAUAAAAUGUAGAACUUUCUGAGCCGCCUCCACCUCACAGCAAUAAAACACAAUGAUGCUUUUGUGUAA